AUGCGGCGAUUGUUGUCCAAAUUUUUCGCGCAAAAACCGACGCGUAAUUUGCCGAAGCUCGUGACGACUCCGAUUUUCUACGUGAACGACGUGCCACACGUUGGCCAUUUGUAUACGGCGCUUUUGGGUGAUGCCUGGAGCAGGUUUCAGCGUCUUCAGGGAAUAGAUUACCACUUCACAACAGGCACUGAUGAACACGGCUUGAAAGUGCAUCAGAGCGCCUUGAAACACGGGGAAGAUCCACUCGCGUUUUGCGAUAAGGUUUCUGGCAGAUUUCGCCAACUCUUCGCGGAAUUCGACAUUCAGCACUCGGAUUUCAUAAGGACUACGGAGGAAAGGCAUAUUGAGGCUGUGGAAUUUUUCUGGGAAUGUAUGCAACUGUCUCGGCUGGUUUCGAAGAGCACAUAUGAAGGUUGGUAUGACUCAUUGGAUGAAGUUUUUAUUCCUGAAGUCAACACGACCCGUGCUGGAGAUCAACGUCUCGCAGUAGGAUCAAACCACGUGCUCACAUGGAGCAGUGAGGAAAACUAUGUAUUUGAUUUGCCACAACUCAAAGAUGACCUAUUGACGUGGGUCCAGGGUCCAAAUCGGAUCCAUCCCGCUUCAUUUCUGCCGAUUUUGGAGAAACUGAUUGAGGAUGAGAUCCAUAAAGUUUCUAUAUCCAGGCCUGCGAGCAGAUUAUCUUGGGGAAUCCCGGUGCCUGGAGAUGAAAGUCAAACUAUUUAUGUCUGGUUAGAUGCCUUGGUGAAUUAUUUGACUGUGUGUGGUUACCCGAAACUCCAGUUUUGGCCCGGAACCCACAUUAUCGGAAAAGAUAUCCUCAAGUUCCACGGGGUUUACUGGCCUGCGUUUCUCAUGGCUGCUGGAUUGAUGCCCCCGAAGCAAUUAGUCGUGCAUUCUCAUUGGUUAGUGGAUAACGUGAAGAUGUCGAAGUCGAUUGGGAACACGGUAAAUCCUUUGGCACUCAAGGACCAGUUCUCUGUGGAUGGCUGGAGGUAUUUCUUGCUGAGAGAAGGAGUUUUAGGACAUGACGGAAAUUUUAAUGCUGGCAAAAUGGCUGCUUUGCUGAAUGCAGAGUUGGCCGAUACCUUGGGCAACCUGGUUUUGAGGUGCGCAUCUGUCAAACUGAACCCAGAGCAGGUUUAUCCCCAUGGAACCCGAAACGAUCUCUUUCCAGCUUCCCUGGUGGAUCAGGUUUCAGAGAACUUUCAGAAUUUCUAUUUUUACAGAGGUUUGGAGGAAAUUCAGGGUGUCUUGAGGAAGUGCAAUGCUUUUGUGCAGGAAUCCGAACCAUGGGUUCUUAGGAAACAAGGGAAAGAAGAGAAAUUGCGAGAGGUUUUGUUUAUUGCGAUGGACAUUUGUAGGAGGUGUUCCAUUUUGCUGCAGCCAGUAGUUCCCAAUUAUGCUGGUAGUGUGUUGGAUGCAUUAGGAGUGGACUCUGACUCUAGAACUCUAGAACAUGCCAGAUUAUGCGCUGGAGGCUGGAAUCUGGGCACUAUUAGACCGAAGUUUAAUAAAAUUGCCUUGUAG